CUUAUUAACCUGAUUUGUGUCAUAUUGUGUGUUGCACUUUGAAUUAUUAUUUCCUGUGGUUGUAUUUUGCCAAAUUUGGUGUUGUGGUUUGUCGCUUCCUGCUUUGCCGACUGUCCAAGAUGGUGGAUCCAGGUGAGUCGCCACUGCUAUUAUUGAAGUAAACCCGAGUUUUCUGCGGUACUACUCAAAGAACAUCUCAAUUUGUUAAUCUAUUAGUUGGAAUGUUCUUUCAAUUGUUACCGUACGAAAACUGAUCGGCAUUUCGUGAUGGAAGAGAUUGAGGAGAAGCCCGACGUGAAAACACUCUUAAAACAUCAAGAUUUCACCGCUGAUACGCCGGAAAGUGCCCCAAUUUGUCCCUAUUCGCGCCAAAAUGGCAACGUGGAAGAUGUGCGAAAAUUCCACAUUUUGGACGAGACCGAAGACUCGGAUUCGGAGAAGUCGUUUUCCUGCGAUUCGGACAUCCCAGACGAGGAGAUUGACAAGAUGUUGGAAGACGCGUUGGCGAGCAACAAACGGAAGGCUUCAGAGGCCGGUUUGGAUGACAACACUGCGAAACAACCCUUCGAGGAGAAAGACAAAGUGGUGCUCAUUGAAAAGUGCCAGAACCACUUUGACGUGCUCCCAGAAGGCUGGAUCCAAGUGACCCACAACAGCGGAAUGCCACUUUACCUCCACAAAAACACCCGAGUUUGCACUUUAUCCAAGCCCUACUUCCUAGGCCCUGGCUCCGUGAGGAAACACGAAAUUCCCCUAAGCGCAAUCCCCUGUUUGAGCUACCGACGCGCCCUUGAAACGGAAGAAGAACAAACUAACGAAACUCGAGACUUACCAAACGCCCGGAUUGAAACAGUGAAGGAAAAUAUCGAAUCCCAAAACCUCAAACCUGAAGAUGUCCGAAAAUACGCAGAGAAACUCUUCCAGUUUAAAACAAUCAAAGUGAUGAGGUUUAAAUCGUGGUCGGAACGUCGCCAAUUCACCAAAAAACGCAAACACGAACAACAAUUACAGAGACCUAACUUACCGGCCGGUACUAAACUUAUCACUUUUCCGAUACAGAACGAAGCGAGUGAGAAUACGAGUUCCAAUGCGAAAAAGGAGUGGAUUAUGAACCCGAAUGGCAAGUCAUAUGUGUGUAUUUUACACGAAUACGUCCAGCAUGCGUUGAAAAAACAACCGACUUAUAAAUUCACAGAGUUGGAGAACGCAGCUACGCCCUACGCCGCGACUGUUUCAAUCAACGACAUGCAAUACGGUGUUGGGUAUGGUACUAGUAAGAAACAAGCGAAGUCUGAGGCGGCCAGAGCCACCUUAGAGAUUUUAAUCCCUGAAAUGAAGUCAAAAAUUACAACAGAUGCCAAGACUGGGUCUAGUGCGAGUCGGGAUCAAGACCAAGAUUUAUCGUUUUUUGAUGAAAUUCGAAUUGAGGAUCCGAGAGUUGCCGAAUUCUGCGCGAAAACGACCGAACCGUCACCUCAUGAUAUUUUACUCACUUGUUUGCAACGUAAUUUCGGCCUUAAUGACCUCCAAAUUAGCUAUCAAGGAAAUACACUGAAAAAUAAGAAGAAUCAGUUUACCAUGACUGUGGGUAAGCACACUGCGACUGUCGUUUGUAAGAACAAAAGAGAUGGGAAACAGAGGGCGUCGCAAGCGAUACUACAAGCUUUGCAUCCGCAUAUAACUUCAUGGGGGUCGCUAUUGCGGCUUUAUGGUAACGGAUCGGUGAAGAGUUUCAAAGAGAAGAAACUGGAAGAACAGGAAAUUACACUUUUGCAAAGUAAAGCCGCCAUUAAUUCACCCAAUUUCGCCAUCUUGGAUAAGCUUAAAUUGGAAUUGUCGAAAUUGAGAGAUAAAAGGACGCAAAUCAAACCGAUUGGAGUUUUUAUACCGACUGAGAGUGACAAUUUACCGAAAUUGUCAUCGUCGAAUUUGAAAAAUGUCGAUUUGUAAUGCCAUGUAGUGAUGCAAUAAAGUAUUGGAUGUAA